UUAAAAGCACGUGUUGAUUGUUUCUUUUGUUUUGAUUUCAGCAAAGUGAAACUUCUAAAAUUUCGACAAUUUUACCUUGCUUGUUGAGUAGUGUGAUUUAUUAUUGGAAUAUAAGUUUUACUAUUUCCUAUCUAUUUUUAUUAAAUAAUAACUCAUUAUGGGUAAAAGGCGUUUUAACGAAAAAGGUCGCCAGAAGGUGGAAACAAUCAUCGAUAACUCAUCAACAAAACAAAUCAAGCUUGACUUCGAAACUGCAGACGACUAUUGUAAAGGUACCGACGACGCUAAUUUACUGGUACUGCCAUCGCAAAAACGCCCAACAAAAGUUAAGCGAGAUAAAACAACUGUCACAAAAAUCCUUUCAAAGAAGCAACGGAAACGGCUUGAGAAGAUAGUUGAUCAAAAAAGAAAAAAGGAACAACGAUCUUCUUUGCUUAGCGCUUUGGCAGAAGUUCAGGCUACACCUGAUGAAUUGAACAAUUUUACUAAGCUAAGUUCAGUUCAAACCAAAGGCUUGAAGCAGUUGUUUAAAGAGCAGAAAUUUGGUAAAAUAAUAAUAGAAAAAAAGAUCGAACAGAAUGAUUUAGAUUCCGGAAGAUUGAAAUUGAAAAGUCUGGUAGGUAUGCGUAAACAAAGGUUAGCAUUGCUGCGAGCUCAAAACAUAAGUACCGAAAAUGAAAACGACAAAUCUAAGAAUUUGAACAUUAUUGGUAUAGAAGAAGAAAGUUUUGAGUCGGAAUCAGAAGUGGAUUCAACUAAUGAUCGCGAGGCUUUUGAAGAGGUUGAAAAUUCCGAUACUGAUAUAUCUCAAGAAAAAGAAAAACCAGAAGAGAAGGUCACUGGAUGCCUGGAAUUUAAACAGAACUUGAGUUCUGUGAAAAUAGAAAAUCCAAGUCAGCAGAAUGUAGCGAGAAACACUACAAUUUCUGUAGAGCGAAAAACGGCGACAUACGUAUACGUGGAACGGGAUCCAGAAAUGCAAGCAGCACGAUUGAAACUGCCGAUUCUAGCAGAGGAGCAGAUAAUCAUGGAAACUAUAAGUGACAACUCGAUAAUAAUUUUGGCUGGUGAAACCGGAAGUGGGAAAACUACUCAGGUUCCUCAAUUCCUCUACGAAGCCGGCUAUGCACUCCCAGAACGCGGGAUUAUCGCUAUCACCGAGCCCCGUCGAGUAGCUGCAAUAUCGAUGUCUAAACGAGUAGCAGAAGAAAUGAAUCUUUCUACCAAUAUAGUUUCCUAUUUAAUUCGAUUUGAAGGGAAUGUAACAGAAAAAACUAGAAUAAAAUUUGUUACAGAUGGUGUGCUGUUGAAGGAAGUGGAAAGCGAUUUCUUGUUGAGCGCAUACUCGGUUAUUAUUCUAGAUGAAGCUCAUGAGCGUAGUAUAUACACAGAUAUCCUAGUUGGUUUACUAUCGAGAAUAGUAAGGCUGCGUUUGAAAAAAGGCAACCCUCUGAAACUUAUUAUUAUGUCAGCUACUUUACGUGUUAAAGAUUUUACUGAAAAUAAAACUCUAUUCAACAGUGUUCCACCUGUUAUCAAUGUGGAAUCCAGACAGUUUCCAGUUACAGUACAUUUUAACAAAACAACGCCAGAAGAUUAUGUCAGAGAAGCUUAUACGAAAGCUGUUAAAAUACAUACUAAACUUCCAGAAGGAGGAAUUUUAAUAUUCCUUACCGGACAAAAAGAAGUAAAUUACAUCGUUAAGAGACUCAGAAAAGCCUUCCCAUUUUCCGGUAAUGUUGUAACAAAUUCAAAUGAAAAAACCGUUAAAGCGAAUAUUGAUUCUGAUGACGAGGAUCAACAGCUUGAGCGAGCAGUAAACCCUAAAAAGGCUGCAAAACUAGUCAAAAAGAAAAUUGUCAAACAGUCUGAACCAUUGAUGAAAUUACCGGCGAUAGAUCUCGAUAAAUAUCAGAUGCCUUGGGAUGACGCUGAAGCCGAUCAGGUAGAAAAUGAACAUGACGAAAUGUCAGAUGAUGAAAUGGAAAGUGACUUGGAUUCAGACUUUGAAGAGGCUUUGAGUACAUCCGUAUUGAACAGAAGCCAACCGCUGCAUGUACUGCCGCUUUAUUCCAUUUUACCGUCAGAAAACCAGGAAAAAGUAUUUCAACCACCGCCAAAUGGAACACGACUGUGCGUUGUGGCCACCAAUGUAGCUGAAACAUCACUUACUAUUCCAGGGAUUAAGUAUGUUAUCGAUUGUGGUCGUCAAAAAACAAAACUCUACGAUAAAGUAACUGGAGUAACGGCAUUUGUAGUAACAUACAUCAGUAAAGCUUCAGCAAAUCAGAGAGCUGGACGAGCUGGUCGUGUAGGCCCUGGCCACUGUUAUCGACUGUACUCAAGUGCCGUGUAUAACAAUGAUUUCAUUGAUUUCGCGGUUCCUGAAAUCCAAAAAAAACCAGUUGAUGAUCUUAUGCUACAAAUGAAAUGCAUGGGAAUAGAUAAAGUUGUAAAUUUUCCUUUUCCUUCGCCACCUGACCGUACGCAGUUGGAAACGGCCGAAAAAAGGUUGAUCCUUUUAGACGCUCUUCAAGAAAACGUGAUUAACGAUGGAGGAAAAUCACAGACUAUUUGCCGAAUCACUGAUCUUGGUAAAACAAUAGCCGCGUUUCCUGUAGCUCCUCGUUUCGGCAAAAUUCUUGCGCUCAGUCAACAGCACAAUUUGUUGCCUUAUGCAAUAUGUCUGGUGGCUGCAUUGUCAGUUCAAGAAGUCUUUCAAGAGGUUUCACUUUCUGAGGACACAGCAGAACACAAACAUUGGAGAACCAAGCGAAAAAGUUGGGCUGGUCAUGGUCACUCUCUUUUGCUCGGAGAUCCCAUGAUUUUAAUGCGAGCAGUGGGUGCAGCAGAAUUUGCAAAUAGUAAAGGAACAAUUGCCGAAUUCUGUAACGAAAAUGGCAUCCGAUUGAAAGCACUAAAAGAAAUCAGAAAACUCCGAGUACAGUUAACGAACGAGGUGAACGCUAAUAUGAAAAACCUUAAUCUUUCCGUUGAUCCAAAAAUGAUUCCUCCGUCCGAUGAGCAGGCCAAACUGCUUAGACAGUUAAUUCUUAUAGGCAUGGCCGAUCAAGUAGCUCGCAAAAUACCAUCGGACGAAGUGAAAACAAAAACCGAUAAAAUCAAGUAUAAGCACGCUUACCUUCUCCCAAACAUGGAAACUCCAGUGUUUGUCCAUUCAAGCUCAGUUCUGAAAAAGCGAGAUCCUGAGUGGAUCUGCUACCAGGAAGCCUUCGAAGUUGUACAAGACGGCAAUGCCAAAAUGUUUCUACGCGGUAUCACGGCCAUUGAACCAGAAUGGUUACUUCAGUUAGUCCCAAAACAGUGCAAUGUGCUCAGUGUCCUCGAUGACCCAGAACCAAGCUAUAACAAAGUUGAUGAUAGUAUCAAGUGCUACGUCAAGGCAACUAUUGGGAAAGCCGGUUGGGAAUUACCGAUAACGGAGGUUGAAAUGCCGCGGGAUAUGCGACGUUGUCAAUAUCUUUUGAAAUUCCUUCUGCUUGGGAAAGUUUAUACUCAACUGAACAAAUUCAGGAAAAUCUUACUGAUAACUCCUGAUUCGGUGCUUAAACAGUACUCUUCUUCAAUUCCCCGCAUCAAUUCACUUUUGAAUUUACUUUACCAAAACCAAAUUUAUGAUCGGAGGCGACUUACGGAGCUUUGGAAAACGAAUCCAGAUUUUCUACUCGACGAAUACAAACAAAUAUUACCUGUUUCAAGUCAUAAAGAUGUGCAAAAACUUUGGCCACCACAGGAUUAGAAAGAAUUCUUCAAGAGUUAUUAUUGAAUAAAAACAACCUGAUGUUAUUUUUAUAUCGUUUGUACAGUUACAUUUUAUUCAAUAAAAUAUAAACUUUGGAUACUGAUCUAGCAACGAA